AAUACGUUAAUAAUAAGUAUUAUAAAAAUUAGUUUUAGUUUAGGUAAAAAAAUCGUUAUUCUAAGUACGGUAGAAGUAGAGACGUACUUCGGAACGAUAAUUUUUUAUAUUUUACUUAUUAAUACCCUAUUUCUUUUAUAUUUAAAAGAUAUAGAUUAA